GGGAGCGCGACUGGCCAGGUGGACCUGGAGCCUGCGAGCGUCCGCAAGCGGCCGCCUUUCCCCGGUACCCCGAGCACCAUGUCGUCCCCGGCGUCGACCCCGAGCCGCCGCGGCAGCCGGCGUGGAAGAACCACCCCAGCCCAGACGUCUCGAAGUGAGGAUGCCAGGUCAUCUCCUUCUCAGAGACCUAGAGGCGAGGAUUCCACCUCCACGGGGGAGUUGCAGCCGAUGCCAACCUCGCCUGGAGGGGACCUACAGAGCCCUGUCGCACAGGACGUGUUAUUUUCCAGCCCUCCCCAAAUGCAUUCUUCAGCUAUCCCUCUUGACUUUGAUGUUAGUUCACCACUGACAUAUGGCACUCCCAGCUCUCGGGUAGAGGGAACCCCAAGAAGUGGUGUUAGGGGCACACCUGUGAGACAGAGGCCUGACUUGGGCUCUGCGCAGAAGGGCCUGCAAGUGGAUCUGCAGUCUGACGGGGCAGCAGCAGAAGAUAUAGUGGCAAGUGAGCAGUCUCUAGGCCAAAAACUUGUGAUCUGGGGAACAGAUGUAAAUGUGGCAACAUGCAAAGAAAACUUUCAGAGAUUUCUUCAGCGAUUUAUUGACCCUCUGGCUAAAGAAGAAGAAAAUGUUGGCAUAGAUAUUACCGAACCUCUAUACAUGCAACGACUUGGGGAGAUUAAUGUAAUUGGUGAGCCAUUUUUAAAUGUAAACUGUGAACACAUCAAAUCAUUUGACAAAAAUUUGUACAGACAACUCAUCUCUUACCCACAGGAAGUUAUUCCAACUUUUGACAUGGCUGUCAAUGAAAUUUUCUUUGACCGUUACCCUGACUCAAUCUUAGAACAUCAGAUUCAAGUAAGACCAUUCAACGCAUUGAAGACUAAGAAUAUGAGAAACCUGAAUCCAGAAGACAUUGAUCAGCUCAUCACCAUCAGCGGCAUGGUGAUCAGGACAUCCCAGCUGAUUCCCGAGAUGCAGGAGGCCUUCUUCCAAUGCCAAGUGUGUGCCCACACGACCCGGGUGGAGAUGGACCGCGGCCGCAUUGCGGAGCCCAGCGUGUGCGGGCGCUGCCACACCACCCACAGCAUGGCACUCAUCCACAACCGCUCCCUCUUCUCUGACAAGCAGAUGAUCAAGCUUCAAGAGUCUCCAGAAGACAUGCCUGCAGGGCAGACACCACAUACAGUCAUCCUAUUUGCUCACAAUGAUCUGGUUGACAAGGUUCAGCCUGGGGACAGAGUGAAUGUUACAGGCAUCUAUCGAGCAGUGCCUAUUCGAAUCAAUCCAAGAGUGAGUAAUGUGAAGUCUGUCUACAAAACCCACAUUGAUGUCAUUCAUUAUCGGAAAACGGAUGCAAAACGUCUGCAUGGCCUUGAUGAAGAAGCAGAACAGAAACUUUUUUCAGAGAAACGUGUGGAAUUGCUUAAGGAACUUUCCAGGAAACCAGACAUUUAUGAGAGGCUUGCUUCAGCCUUGGCUCCAAGCAUUUAUGAACAUGAAGAUAUAAAGAAGGGAAUUUUGCUUCAGCUCUUUGGCGGGACAAGGAAGGAUUUUAGUCACACUGGAAGGGGCAAAUUUCGGGCUGAGAUCAACAUCUUGCUGUGUGGUGACCCUGGUACCAGCAAGUCCCAGCUGCUGCAGUACGUGUACAACCUCGUCCCCAGGGGCCAGUACACUUCUGGGAAGGGCUCCAGUGCAGUUGGCCUUACUGCGUACGUAAUGAAAGACCCUGAGACAAGGCAGCUGGUCCUGCAGACAGGUGCCCUUGUCCUCAGUGACAACGGCAUCUGCUGUAUCGAUGAGUUCGACAAGAUGAAUGAAAGUACAAGAUCGGUAUUGCAUGAAGUCAUGGAACAGCAGACUCUGUCCAUUGCAAAGGCUGGGAUCAUCUGUCAGCUCAAUGCACGCACCUCUGUCCUGGCAGCAGCAAAUCCCAUUGAGUCUCAGUGGAAUCCUAAAAAAACAACCAUUGAAAACAUCCAGCUGCCUCAUACUUUAUUAUCAAGGUUUGAUUUGAUCUUCCUCAUGCUGGACCCUCAGGACGAAGCCUAUGACAGGCGUCUGGCUCACCACCUGGUCUCACUGUACUACCAGAGUGAGGAGCAGGCAGAGGAGGAGCUCCUGGACAUGGCGGUGCUGAAGGACUACAUUGCCUAUGCACACAGCACCAUCAUGCCGCGGCUAAGUGAGGAAGCCAGCCAGGCUCUCAUCGAGGCUUAUGUAGACAUGAGGAAGAUUGGCAGUAGCCGGGGAAUGGUUUCUGCAUAUCCUCGACAGCUAGAGUCAUUAAUCCGCUUAGCAGAAGCCCAUGCUAAAGUAAGAUUGUCUAACAAAGUUGAAGCCAUUGAUGUGGAAGAAGCCAAACGCCUCCAUCGGGAAGCUCUAAAGCAGUCUGCAACUGAUCCCCGGACUGGCAUCGUGGACAUAUCUAUUCUUACUACAGGGAUGAGUGCCACCUCUCGUAAACGGAAAGAAGAAUUAGCUGAAGCAUUGAAAAAGCUUAUUUUAUCUAAGGGCAAAACACCGGCUCUAAAAUACCAGCAACUUUUUGAAGAUAUUCGGGGACAAUCUGACAUAGCAAUCACUAAAGAUAUGUUUGAAGAAGCACUGCGUGCCCUGGCAGAUGAUGACUUCCUGACGGUGACUGGGAAGACCGUGCGCUUGCUCUAAAGCCUUGUGAGCAAGGAAGGCUGCCUGCAUGUCCUGCUUGCUGCAUGCCACACGGGUGUGGCCUGCAUCUCAGUUGGCCGCCAUCAGUGUAAAUAGAGCUUAAAGUCGUGGUUUGGCUACAUAAAAAUUUCUAACUUGG